GUAGGGAGCCGCGAAGCGAAGCGCUUGGGUAGUUGGUUGAGCGAGGCCAAGCCAUAAACACACGACUGAUUCUCCCAUCGUCGACGUUUUCUCUCCUUUUCGCUCUCGGUCUCAAGGAAGCUGUACAAUAGGUAUCACACUGGACGCCCAUCGGUGCGAUUCGCCGACCGAUUUUUCGUCAUUGGACGCGUUUGAGUUGAAGUGCGAUACUGCGAUCGGAAUAGUUGACGCGCUCUCUCUCGUCGUCGUCGUCGCCGUGGUGGGCACCGUUAUAUGUGUCGCACCUAUAACUAACUUGUUGUGUCGUGUGUGCUCACCAUGAAAGGGACGACGAUGCGGCCCAGGAUUACCACGUUGUUCUUCGGCCUAGUUGUCUGUCUGGGGACUAUUGGCCUGAUUCCACUAGCGCGAUGUGACGAGGACAAGCCAUCGAUAAAGAAAAUCUCGGGGAGACAGGUGAAAAGCAUCGGCGAGGAGGCCGAGUUCGAGUGUACGGUUUACAAUCCCGAAAAUUACGCCGUUGUUUGGAAUAAAACCGACAAGGACAAUCCACAAGGAAUAGCGCUGACCCACAAUCUUCAAGUCAACGUGGGAAGCAAGCACAGUAUCAAGUAUUACAACAACACCUCGACGUAUUCGCUCAAAGUGAAAAACCUCACGGAGAGCGACACGGGCUCGUAUCUGUGCGAGAUCCUUUAUUACAGGCCUCCCUUGUACACCAAGUUCUCGGAGAUGGCCGAGCUGCAGAUCCGCCGUGCCCCGUCAAUAAUCGAAAACGCGACGAAGCUGGCGAACGUGACCGAGGGCAAGACGUUCGAGCUUUAUUGCACGGCCGACGGGUAUCCUCCGCCUAGUAUAUCGUGGAGAAGGGAAAACGACGAUCUGUUGCCUUCCGGUGGCGAUGUCUAUCGUGGCAACUCUUUAAGAAUAGAGAAUGCAGGUCGCGACGACCGAGGCGUGUACAUCUGCGUGGCUGAGAACACCGUUGGUCCGGAAAAGCAUCACAACGCGACGGUUUACAUACAAUUCCCGCCAGUGACGACGGCCGUGAGACCACGUGUCGGACAAUGGAAGGGAUACCAGGCGAGCCUCGAGUGCAAGGUUGAGGCUUACCCGGUGCCCAUCGUACGCUGGUACAAGGGCGGCAAGGAGGUCGGCAAGAAUGAUUUCAGCGGCAAGGAGAGCCACAGCCACGAGUACGUUGGCACGUUGAACCUCUCGGUGGACGAGGACUCCUUUGGAGAGUACGUGUGCGAGGGAGUCAACGAGCUAGGUUCGACCAAAGCUAGGCUGGAGCUGUUCGAAAGCAUCGUGCCUUUUUGUGUCGGUUCCUGCUGAGGAUGCAUUACUACUUGAGUGUACAUAAUGAUCAUAAGACGACGUUAUUUUUUACAUAUCCUACACACCUUUUUAUACAUUUUAUUUAAAAAAAGAAAAAAGAGAAAAAAAGAAGAAAAA